AUGACGCUAUUCCAGCAGCAGCGGCGGAGGGGCGUGCAGAAGGCAGAAGCAUGCAAACCUGGCUCCUGUGAGAAUGUCUGCAGUCCGUGUGGAAGAGUUUCUCCCUCUGUGCGCGAAUACGGACACAGUGGCGCAAACUAUCCGCGCCAGAAGCUUGUACGGCAGCGUCCAGAGGCGGUAGAGCAGGUCAAAGCCGUCAAAGCCCAGGAGAACGUGUUUGCAGGGGAAUCCACGACUCCUCUCCCCGCGGCGCUUCGCUAUGGUGAGAGUGUGCGAGAGAGGCCCAUGGUCGUACGGACGCUCUGCCACAGCCACACGCAGGAUACAGCUCCGGGCACACGGGGACUCUUCGGCUGUGAGUCCGCGACACCACCGGGCCGACUCCUGCUUCGGUUCGCACGGAAAACGCACAAGAUCCCGAGAAUCUACGCGGAGAGGGACUCGUUCAGCACUGUCACCAGGGCGCAGCCAUCUUGGGUCGGGGGGGUGGCAGUCAGAGCUGCACCCAAUUCACAGAGCACCAGCUCCCCCCUGAUCCCCCUGCAGGUGGUCCGCCUCGGGCCCAGAGGAACUGUCGCCCUGUUUUCAGAUGUGCGAUUUGCUGGAUUACGCAGUGAGCCCCGUGAUACACCACUGCUGUGUUUUGGCCCCGGUCCCUGCCCAAACUGUCUGAAUCCGGGGAAAUGUUGUUUCUGGAUCGGCUCCAACGAGGCCGACAAGACAAGCCGCUUGAUGAACAGCUAA